AUUCCAGCGCGCGCGCUCAAAGAAAGUCAGUUGCUCGGUGCAUUUCACUCGGAGUGGACGUGAGAUUUCAUAUUUAUAGGAAGCAAAAUCAAAAGGAAUUUUCACAGUUUUCCUUCUAUCGAUUUACAUUAUAAGUAAUAUAUUUUAGAAGUUUUAACGUUUUGUGCACAAAAAAAGAGAAUAAAUUCGUGAUUUAAAGGAGUGUGAAUCCAUGGUUAAAAUGUUGAAGAAAUAUUUGGGAAUAUGACUACAAAUUAUGUGAAAAAUGGUUAGCAGGUGACACAGAUUUUGGACUCUACUCGAACCACAUUUGGAUAAAAAUUUCUGUUAAUUUGUGUGCGUUUCUCAGUGCUAAAUAAAAGUGGCUUUAUACCUUUCACAAAAGUGUAUAAGACAAGAUAAAGUGUGGUACCCCGAAGGAGAAAAUGGGCACAAAAGGAAGGAAUUUUGAAUUCUUCAUCGUAUAUUCAACACUAUUAGCACUUCUUGGAUUCCCAAAGUUAUCCAACGGACAAGCCUGCAGUUUUCCAGGAGCACCAGCCCACAGUUAUGUCACAUUCUCAGAUGAAGCACUAUCAAAUAGUACUGUAGCCACAUACACGUGUGAGCGAGGCUUUGAACUUCUUGGACCAGCACGGCGUGUUUGUAUCAAUGGGAAUUGGGUACCUGAAGGCAUUCCAUUCUGCGUCCUUAACGUAGCAGCUGGUAAAGCCCCAAUGCAAAUUUCAACCGAUGGCUCUGGUAUACCACAGAAAGCCAUUGAUGGUUCAACGUCAGCCUUCUACCAGGCUGACACGUGCUCACUCACGAAGCCCGAACGUUUGCCGUGGUGGUACGUGAAUCUCCUAGAGCCAUAUAUGGUUCAACUUGUACGUUUGGAUUUUGGAAAAUCGUGCUGCGGUAACAAUAAACCCGCCACAAUUGUAGUUCGUGUGGGUAAUAAUCGUCCAGACCUUGGGACGAAUCCUAUUUGCAAUCGCUUCACAGGUGUCUUGGAAGAGGGUCAACCGCUCUUCCUGCCCUGCAACCCACCCAUGCCAGGUGCAUUUGUAUCUGUGCACCUAGAAGUUGGGGUACCGAGUGCACUGUCAAUUUGUGAAGCAUUUGUGUACACAGAUCAAGCAUUGCCCAUUGAGAGGUGUCCUGUAUUCAGGGAUCAACCACCUGGAGCAUCUGCCUCCUACAAUGGCAAAUGCUACGUCUUCUACAAUCGACAACCACUGAAUUUCCGUGAAGCUUUGGCUUUUUGUCGCGCCCGAGGAGGGACUCUCAUUAAUGAGAGCAAUCCCGCUCUGCAGGGCUUCAUUAGUUGGGAAUUGUGGCGAAGGCAUCGAAGUGAUGCAUCAUCGCAAUAUUGGAUGGGAGCUGUGAGAGAUGCUAAAGAUCGCAAUACGUGGAAAUGGUUGGGCGGAGAAGAAGUAACUGUGUCAUUUUGGAAUCUUCCCGGAGGCAAUGAAGACUGUGCUAGAUACGACGGGUCUAAAGGAUGGCUCUGGAGCGAUACCAAUUGCAAUACCCCGCUGAAUUUUAUUUGUCAACAUCAACCAAAGGCAUGUGGACGUCCUGAGCAACCUCCUAAUUCCACAAUGCUAGCAGAUAGGGGAUUUGAAGUGGGGGCAACGGUGGAUUAUGCCUGCGAUGAAGGUCACUUAUUGGUGGGUCCAGCAAGUCGUACGUGCCUCGAAACGGGAUUCUACAAUGAAUUUCCACCUGUAUGCAAGUACAUAGAGUGCGGCCUGCCUGCAUCCAUAUCUCACGGUACCUAUGAGCUCAUCAAUGGAACCGUAGGCUACCUCAGCAAUGUGAUUUAUCAGUGCUCUGAGGGUUUUGAGCUUGUUGGCAGAGCCCUCCUAACAUGUGAUAUUGAUGAACGAUGGAAUGGUCCACCACCACGAUGUGAACGCAUUGAAUGCGACGUCCUCCCUACUUCACACAACAAUGCCAAAUUCGUUGCACUCAAUGGUACCUUCUAUGGUGCUCGUGCUGAUGUAGUGUGUCCACGGGGAUACCGCAUAGAAGGUGUGCAACAGCUCACAUGCCUAUCAAAUGGGCAGUGGAGUCAUCCUCUUCCAUCAUGUGUUCGCGAUGAAGUACUAAUUACAACACUACCUCCACCAACGAACUACCGUACGCGUCAACCGUCGAGCUCAAGGCGUCCCUCGAGACCAUCUUCGCGCUUCACGAGCACCUUUGCCCCACCAACGGCUACACCUGCUGUGACUAUUAUCACAGAGCGUAUUGUUGAGGAGGAUAAUGAGAUUGCUGUGCCCGGUACGGUGCGAGAGGAAACAAUACCCAGGCGUACCCUACGACCCAGCAAUGGUCAUGCUGCACCCGAGACAACAUCACCAGCUCCACCAAAAGUAAUACCAUUGGAUUACUCAACUACAAGGAAUCCCCAGCUAAUCAUUAAUGCGGCGCAUCCACAAGAUAAUCAGAUUGCUGGUAGUGUCAAUAUCAGAAAUGAUCAAUCGCCCAAUGUUAACGUGCCACUACCCGUGGAGAAUGAUCAACGAGAGACACAUAGUGCAAAAUUGAAUCUUGGAGCAAUUGUUGCACUCGGUGCCUUCGGUGGAUUUGUCUUCUUGGCGGCCGUUAUCACAACAAUUGUUAUUCUUGUGCGGAGAAAUCGGACCACUCAGCAUUACAGGCAUCGAGCAUCACCCGAUUGUAACACAGUGGCUUCCUUUGACUCAUCCAGCUCUGAAUCGAGAAAUGGUCUCAACAGAUAUUACAGGCAAGCUUGGGAGAAUCUCCAUGAGUCUGCAUCGAAGAAUGGCAACCAUAGUCCCCUCAGACGGAAAGAAACUCUCGAUCAGCAACACAUUAGCCGUUCUCGGGACAAUCUCAAUCGUUCACGGGAUAAUCUGGAGCGUGUAACACGUGAUCUCGAUCGUGCUCGUGACUUUGGGCGCGACAGCCUUGGGCUUCGCGAUGGAUCGGAGAUGGUAGUGUCGGAUGUAUGUGUAAAGGGUGAGAAGAAGCGUCAUCACCAUCAUCAUCACAAGAGCAGUCAUCGUGGUGGGGAAUUCCGGGAUCCGCAUCUCGUGGCAAAUGGACGACGGGAGCACCGUCACAAUAACGGGUACUGACCCACGAUGGUUAUCACCGUGAGUCUGGAUGAUGAGUGUCAAAAACGCUGCGGUCAAUGGAGGAUCCCCAUCUAAUACACAUUACCCCAAAAA